UCUUUCUCUUUCCACCUCCUUUUACAUUUUUUGUUUGUUUUUUAUUUCCUAUCUCUUUGCAUAUAAAUCAUUAUCAUAAUGUAUUCUAUGCUAAACCAUUCUUCUUGUAGUACUUGUAUUACAAUUGCUACACUUGUUAGUUGCACUUCUUUGCUACUUGCAUCAUCUUGUGUACUUUCCUUUUUAUUUCAUUCAACCACACAUCAAACACCUUUGAAAUUCCUUAUAGUACUUUGACAUGGAAUACAACAAGUUCAGAAUCCGAAGCUAUGAAUGUCAAUCUGAUAGAGCUCAAGUUGAAAAUCUUGAGAGAAAAUGUGAGGUAGGACCAUCAGAAAGUGUGUUUCUCUUCACAGAUACUAUGGGUGACCCCAUUUGUAGGAUUCGAAACAGUCCCAUGUACAUGAUGCUGGUAGCAGAGUUGGAAAAUGGAUUGGUUGGUGUCAUUCAAGGCUCCAUAAAAGUUGUAACUAUUCAAGGACAUCCACCAAAAGAUUUGGCAAAAGUAGGGUAUGUCUUAGGCUUAAGGGUAUCUCCACAUCAUAGAAGAAAAGGGAUUGGUUCAAGCUUAGUAAGAACAUUAGAAGAAUGGUUCAUUUCCAAUGAUGUGGACUAUGCAUAUAUGGCAACUGAAAAAGAAAAUCAUGCCUCAGUUAAUCUCUUCAUGAACAAAUUUGGCUACACAAAAUUUAGGACACCAUCAAUUCUUGUUAACCCUGUUAAUCAUCAUUCAUUUAAAAUCUCAACCAACAUUGAAAUAUCAAGGUUGAAAAUUGAACAAGCUGAAUCACUCUAUAGAAAGUUCAUGGGGUCCACAGAGUUUUUUCCUAAUGAUAUAGGAAAUAUAUUAAAAAAUAAGCUAAGUUUGGGGACAUGGAUGGCAUAUUUUAAAGAUGAUAUUAAUAUUGGGCCUAAUGGACAAGUACCAAAUAGUUGGGCUAUGCUUAGUGUUUGGAAUAGUGGUGAAAUUUUUAAGUUAAAAAUAGGAAAAGCACCUUUUUGUUGUUUGUUAUACACAAAAAGUUGGUGCUUAAUUGAUAAAAUUUUCCCAUGUUUAAGAUUACCUACUUUACCUGAUUUUUUUAACCCUUUUGGAUUUUAUUUUAUGUAUGGUGUGUAUCAUGAAGGGCCAUUUUCAGGGAAGCUAGUGAAAGCUUUGUGUAAAUUUGUGCACAAUAUGGCUAAAGAGUCUAAAGAUGUGAAGUGUAAGAUUAUUGUGACUGAAGUUGGAGGAAGAGAUGAACUCAAUCAUCAUAUUCCACAUUGGAAAUUGCUUUCAUGUCCUGAAGAUUUGUGGUGUAUAAAGGCAUUGAAAAGUGAAGGGCUUUCAAUCAAUAAUUUUCAUGAAUUAACAACUAAAACCCCACCAACAAGAGCUCUUUUUGUAGACCCAAGAGAGGUUUAAAGUAUGAUCUCAAAAAGAAAUGUGGAAAAAAAAGCUUGGAAAUAUCUUGACCUUAAAUUUUCAUUUAUUUAUUUUUCUUUUUUAUCUUUCGAGUAAAUAAUCAAUUCGGUCAUGAAAUGUUAGUUGGUGUCACUAUUAUUAUUGAAUGUAUCAAAGUUACAAAUACAUACAUGAAUGUAACUUUUAUUAGUCAGUUUAGUCAUCAUCUUAUGUGUC